AAAUCACUACCAGUACGCGCGUAGAAGAACAGUAAAAGCUCCCAAACGACGAGACUCGCCAAUCGACGAGUUGAACAUGUCAAACUCGUCGUCUGUAUUAAAAACUGGCAUUCACCAAGAAAUUUCGUCUUCUUAACCAAUCUACAUUUCGCCGUAUAAAGAGAUGAAUCGCUGUUUCACUAUUGGAUUGAGUCACUGUGAGGCAUUUUCAUUUUUGUCUGUAAGAAGAUUUCAGAAGCACAUCUGUUCGUUAAUCAAUGGCGUGGUGGAGGAAUUUCGUUUCGUUCUUUUCCUUCCGCAGUUCCUCCAGUAGAUUUCAGGGUUCAGAUGCUGCAGCACAUACAAUCAAAUCCCAUGGAGCCAGGGUUGCUAAGAAUCAUUUACAUGACUGGCUGAUUCUGCUACUACUUGUUGUGAUCGAAGUGAUUUUAGUGUCUGUUCAUCCGUUUUAUCGCUAUGUGGGAAAGGAUAUGUUGACAGAUCUUAAGUUUCCUUUCAAAGAUAAUACAGUGCCUGUCUGGUCUGUACCUUUGUAUGCUGUGAUAUUGCCUAUUUUCAUAUUCUUGAUCGUCUAUAUACGACGGAGGGACGUCUAUGAUUUUCACCACGCCAUUUUAGGGCUCUUGUUUUCUGUGUUGAUCACUGCUAUUAUCACGGAUGCUAUAAAAAACGGUGUUGGUCGCCCUCGACCAAACUUCUUUUGGCGUUGUUUUCCCGAUGGAAUAGAGGCAUACGAUCGAAUGGGAAACGUGAUAUGUCACGGGAAAGAGAGCGAAAUAAGAGAAGGACACAAGAGUUUCCCGAGUGGCCAUACUUCUUGGUCCUUUGCAGGGUUGGGAUUUCUUGCACUGUACAUAUCUGGAAAAAUCCAAGCAUUUGAUGGGAGAGGACAUGUUGCAAAACUAUGCCUUGUAUUUCUCCCUUUGCUUGGUGCUGCACUUGUGGGAGUUUCUCGAGUGAAUGAUUAUUGGCACCAUUGGCAAGAUGUGUUUGCUGGAGCCAUUAUAGGAUGGGUCGUUUCUGCAUUUUGCUACCUUCAAUUCUUCCCUCCUCCCAGUAACGAUAAAGGAUGGGGUCCAUAUGCUUACUUCAUAGCACAGGAGGAGUUCUAUAGCCGCAGGGAUAAUGCUGCAGCAGCAGCAGCAGCUCAAUCUGCGGUGAUUGUUGAUGCGCCAAUUGCAGGGGGACAGCCAAGACCUUUCCAUAACCAAACCUACCAUCAAAUGGAAAUGGGGGCUGCCCAAUAACCCUUUUUCUUUCUUCUUCUCUUUGUGUAUCUUUUCUUUUUUGUAAUUUAGUCCCUUGUAUUUAAAAAUA